GCCGCCUCCGCCACUCGGUUACAUAGAUCCUCCAUCUCAGCCGCUUCCUACUUCCCUCACUCCUUAAUCUGGAUGGGAAGUUGGGGGAAAUGGACAGAGUCGUGAUGGCUUGGGUUGCUCUCCUCUGGCUAACAGCCGCGGCUGAAGGCCUCCAGGUCACAGUGCCCGACAAGAGGAAGGUGGCCUUGCUCUUCCAGCCCGCGGUGCUGCACUGCCGCUUCUCCACGUCCUCCCGCCAGCCGGCGGUCGUCCAGUGGAAGUUCAAGUCCUACUGCCAGGAUCGCGUGGGGGAGUCCCUGGGCAUGUCCUCUCCACGGGCCCAGUCUCUCAGUAAAAGAAACCUGGAGUGGGACCCUUACUUGGAUUGCUUAGACAGCAGGAGGACUGUUCGAGUGGUAGCCUCUAAACAGGGCUCGACUGUGACCCUGGGAGAUUUCUACAGGGGCAGAGAGAUCACGAUUGUUCACGAUGCAGAUCUUCAAAUUGGAAAACUCAUGUGGGGAGACAGCGGACUGUAUUACUGCAUCAUCACCACCCCUGAUGACCUGGAGGGCAAGAACGAGGAUUCCGUGGAGGUACUGGUGCUGGGCAGAACAGGGCUGCUUGCUGAUCUCUUGCCCAGUUUUGCUGUGGAGAUUAUGCCAGAGUGGGUGUUUGUCGGCCUGGUGGUCCUGGGAGUCGUCCUGUCCUUCGUCCUGGUGGGGAUCUGCUGGUGCCAGUGCUGUCCUCACAGCUGCUGCUGCUACGUCCGCUGCCCAUGCUGCCCCGACUCCUGCUGCUGCCCUCGGGCCUUGUAUGAAGCAGGGAAAGCAGCAAAGGCCGGGUACCCUCCCUCUGUCUCCGGUGUCCCUGGCCCUUACUCCAUCCCCUCUGUCCCCGUGGGAGGAGCCCCCUCAUCUGGCAUGCUGAUGGACAAGCCGCAUCCACCUCCUCUGGCACCAAGUGACUCCACUGGAGGAAGCCACAGUGUUCGCAAAGGUUACCGGAUCCAAGCUGAUAAAGAGAGAGACUCCAUGAAGGUCUUAUACUAUGUCGAGAAAGAGCUGGCUCAGUUUGAUCCAGCCAGAAGGAUGAGAAGCAGAUAUAACAACACCAUCUCGGAACUCAGCUCUCUGCAUGAGGAGGACAGCAGUUUCCGCCAAUCUUACCAUCAGAUGCGAAACAAGCAGUUCCCUGUGUCUGGGGACUUGGAGAGCAAUCCUGACUACUGGUCAGGUGUCGUGGGAGGCAGCAGUGGGGCAAGCCGGGGGCCCUCGGCCGUGGAGUAUAACAAAGAGGAUCGGGAGAGCUUCAGGCACAGCCAGCAGCGCUCCAAAUCGGAGAUGCUGUCCCGGAAGAAUUUCGCCGCUGGGGUGCCGGCCGUCUCCAUGGAUGAGCUCGCGGCCUUUGCCGACUCCUACGGCCCGCGGUCCAGCAGGGCAGACGGCAACAAACAGGAGCUCCGAUGCGGGAGCCGCUUCGAGCGCUCGGAGGCGCGGGCGCACGGGAGCCUCUACCAGGACGGCUCGCUGGAGGAGUACUAUGGGCCGCGGAGCCGCAGCCGGGAGCCCCUGACCGACGCGGACCGCGGCUGGUCCUACAGCCCACCGCGCCGGCGGCCGCCGGACGACGCGCACUUGCCGCGCCUGGUGAGCCGCACGCCGGGCACCGCGCCCAAGUACGACCACUCGUUCCGCGGAUCCGGGCUGGAGAGGCAGGUGCGGCCGGAGGGCGCCAGCCGCGGCGGCAGCCUCGAGACGCCGUCGAAGCGGAGCUCGCAGCUCGGCCCUCGCAGCGCCUCCUACUACGCCUGGUCGCCGCCGGCCACCUACAAGGCGGGCGCGCCUCCGGACGACGAGGAGGACACGCCCGACGACACGUUGCCUCCCUACAGCGAGCUGGAGCUCAGCCGGGGCCCGUCCUACCGCGGCCGCGACCUGCCCUACCACAGCAACUCGGAGAAGAAGAGGAAGAAGGAGACACCCGUGAAGAAGACGAGUGACUUUCCAACCAGGAUGUCCCUUGUGGUCUGAUAUUUGUUUUCAAGACAACUCUCUGAAUGACUGGGAAUUGGAAACAGAACACGGGGACAAGAUACAAAUCCAAGAGCCAGCAGGCCCGGGACCUUCUUGGGCCACCACCUUGGAAGAUUUGCUGAUCUUUGCUUUGGCAAGGGAUGGGGGGCAGCCUUUAAGGGAGGCUGAUUCCAAACCUCAGUGCCCAUCUAACUAGUUUGAGAAACUUAUCAAGAAAACAACUACAGGUGAACACAUUCCCACAUAUGGAGUUUAUCACCCAGAGUUCAUCCUGCCCUGUCUCCUCCCUUAGCCAAAGCAGGAUUCCUUUUCCAUUUCUGAAAGAGAGUCAGCUCUGGACUGCUAAUCUCCAGAUAAUGCCUGUGCUACAGUCUGCUUUUCCAUACCUCCUGUGCUGGGCUUAGAGACAGAAUCGAUUACUACUAUUAGAAGGCCUUUACCCACAGCAGCAGAAGAUAGCUUCAGGCAAAAUACACCUUUUAGCCCCGUCACUUCCCAGUCACUAGUCAAUGACUGUUGUUACACUGCAUUCAGGCCUGCGGUGAGCUCAGUGACCAUGACCUGCUGGACAAUCACAGAAAUGACUUCAAUUUGCUGUUCUGAAUGACAGUUCUUGGCUGGAACAAAACAAGAGCUGUCAAAGUGGUAUUUCUUUCUCCACUCUGAGAACAUGAACUGCUUUUUCUCUCUUGUCAUAGCGACGUGAGUCUUGGACAUCAAGGGCUCUUCUCGUCCUCCCCUUUCCUGGGCUGUCCACAGGUUGGUGCCACACACAGAGCCCCAUGCCCCUCUGCACUCUGAUUAGGUUAUCAUCAGGUGCCUUUUGAUAAAUGCCCAAGAUACACAUGUGAAAGAGAAGAGGGGGGGAAAAAAAAGAGGAGAAAAGAAUAAUGCAAAAGAAAGAAAAAUGAGAAAGAAUCUAAGAAGAAAAGAAUGUAUGGUCUCACUAUAUGUUGAAUAUGGGCCAUUUCCUCUACAGGCUCCGCUGGCUCUUCUGUGUGUUUUAUACUUCAUUUACCAUGAGUUGUUCCUGCCCAUCCCAGUUUCAUCAUUCCAGGACACCUGAGUGUGGAGUGGGCAUCACCAGGCUGCCAGUCUAGAUGCUCUUGGAAGAUGAGGGAUACUGCUUUCUCAGGAAGGAGCACUUCCUACUCCGUGUGUGCAUGCUAAGUCACUUCAGUCGUGUCUGACUCUUUUCAACCCCAUAGACCAUAGCCCUCCAGGCUCCUCUGUCCAUGGGAUUCUCUAGGCAAGAAUACUCGGGUGGGUUGCCAAGCCCUCCUCCUGGGGAUCUUCCCAACCCAGGGAUCAAACCUGCUUCUUUUACGUCUCCUGCAGUGGCAGGUGGAUUCUUUACCACUAGCACCACCUGGGAAGCCCUUUUCUACUCCCACCCCUGCCUAAAGGAUAGAUUUUGCCUAGGUCUCUUUGGAUUUCAUAAUUUGUAUAGAUUGUUUAAAUUUUUUAAAAAAGCUACAAACUCUUCCCUUCUCAUCAAGAAGUGCAGUCUAUUUCUCAACCCCUUGAAUUUGGGAUUGGCCAUGUGAUUUGAUUUAGCCAGUGGCCUAAUAACAGGUGUGACAGAAGUAGAAACUGACAGAUUCUUGUGCAUGAGGAAAUUUGUCCUCUCUUGCUGCUUUGGGGAACCUUGCAUCACCACCAGGUAAAUUAGCCUGGCUGGCCUGCUGCAUGAUGAGAAAAAGGGCCCAGUUACCCCCAUCACCCUAACUGGCAGCCUAUCAGCUCUCAGCUGAUUGCAAACAUGAGUGAUCCCAGCCAAAACCAAAAGAAGAACUGCCUAGCUGAGCCCAGCCCAAACUGCUGAUUGUAACUCAAGGCAUGAGCAGCUGGUCCACUGUUUAAAUAUUCAUUUUUCUUCAAGGAAAAAGCUGACUUUUUUUUUUUCUUGUCUGAAUAUUUAACCCCCAAACCCCAGACUCUCUGACCUUAGGUGACUGCGAGUUCCUACUUUCUUGGAUAGACUUUUGUCAAAGCUUUCCACCCCACACUCUUGUGAUGGGAUACUUGUUUAGGUCAGAUCACUGGUAGACAGUGUUGCUUGGUCUCUGUGUCCCUCUGCUUCAGCAGUGCUCCAUCCUCUGUCUGUGGAUCCGUGGACAACUGCUGAAGAAAGUUUCUUCCUGAGCAUCUCUUUGGUUUUCUCUGGAACCACCUGACUGGGGCAAGGCCCUUUUCUCAGAGUACCAUUGCACUGAUGUCCAUUUAAUUCCUGGCAUUUCCAAACCAGUUCUGUGUGUGCAAUGAAAUAAACAAGUGGCUGGGUGAGGGUCAAAAGGAUGAGUUGAUAUCAUUGCUGGGGGUAGAACUGGCCUGCCAAAGGACUUCAUAAUGGCCUUGGCCUGUAUGAGUUGAACCAGGAGGACAAUUCAGCCCACUGCUGGCACUUCCAAGGGCUGGAAGACACAAGCCAUAACCCUGGUGCUGAGCUUAUAGACUUGCUAGUGUCCUUGUCGUCCGAAAGCCUAGGUCUCAUCUGUCUGUUUGGGCCCCAUUUCCACUGGAAAAGAUGAUUAAAACACCAAUUCUUAGUCACCAGCUUUGGAUUUUAAAUUGCUCAGGCAAUUUUGGAGAAUCUUGGGUAGCUGAAGUAGUUAUUAUUUCUUUAUACGGAGCACUGUGUCAGACUAUUCACCACCAAAGAGCCCCAUAGCACCAGCUGCAGAGACCAAAAAUACUGCUCUCGUUAGCCGGGGGCAUUUGUGAUUUUGGUGAAGGGAGCCAUGGGAAAGAAUUAAAAUCGGAAACCUGAAGGCAACAAAACUACCGGCAGACAAUAAAAAAUACAAAGAUGAUAACAGGCUACCGAAGUAACCUGGGUCCAUGGGACCAGGUUGUCCUCGGAAGGGCUGCGUACAUCACUCAGACCUCCAGGUUUCUGGUCAAGAGAGCAAACAGUCAUUUCUGGGUGUGUGGACAGGAGACAAGUCUGACCGGACAAGUAAAGGCAAAGCUGGCCAUCCUCAGCACCCUGGCUUUUCUCAACACAUCCUUCUGUUCCUUUCCCCCUGACUAGUCCUGUGUAGAAAGUGCUUACACAUGUUAGCUUCCUUCCUUUGUUUUAUUGGGGGUAAAAGAUUAGGCUUGUGUAAGACAAGAUCUCUGUCCAUGCAUGCGUGUGUGCUCACUCACUCAGUCAGGUCCCAUUCUUUGCAACCCUGUGGACUGUAGCCCGCCAGGCGCCUCUGCCCUUGGGAUUUCCCAGGAAAGAAUACUGAAGUGGGUCACCAUUUCCUCCUCCAGGGGAUCUUCCUGACCCAGGGACUGAGCCUCAUCUCCUGCGUCUCCUGCUUUGGCAGUUGGAUUCUUUACCACAGCCACCCGGAAAGCCCACUCUGUCCAUGGGGACCCUGCAACUGAAUAGAGGAAACAAGAAAUCCCCAAGAAAGAAUUGGGAGAUUUUAUACGUAUAAUAUGAAAUAUUGCUAUGGAUAAAUUACAACAAACCCAGAGAAUUAAAGUUUUUUUAUUUAAAUGGG